AUGAAGUUCUUCUCUGCCCUCGUUCUCGCCCUCAUCCCUUCUUGCGCCCUUGCCGUGACUGUCGGCUACGAUAACAGCUACGAUGUUGGCAGCAACUCCCUUGCCGAUGUCGCUUGCUCCGAUGGCGCCAAUGGUCUAUUGACCAAGGGGUUUACCACAUACAGCUCCCUCCCUACUUUUCCGUAUAUCACUUCAUCCGAUGCUAUUGCAGGAUGGAACAGCCCGAAUUGUGGGACUUGCUGGCAAUUGACAUACAACGGUCGCACGAUUACGGUGCUAGCAAUUGACCAUGCACUGUCUGGAUUCUACACCUCGCAGGCCGCAUUAGAUGAUUUGACGAACGGGAAUGCGGUCGCGUUUGGAACGGUACAGGCUACAGCGACGCAAGUCGCUGCGUCGGCUUGCGGCUUGUAA